AUGGCGCUGGCUGGCGAGAGCAGCACUGGCACGCCGAGCCUGCAGGCAAGCUCCAGCAAAGCGGACCAGCGAGCUCAAAAGGUCAUCGACUCAGUGGCGGCCUGCACGCUGGACGAGGCCACCACCCACCCAAAGUGGCAGGCGCCCCCGGCCGACCGUGCAGGCAUCCAGAAGUUUCUGAGCACCGCCGACCAGAGGCUGAGGAAGCUUGGCGACCUGGUCAUUGCCAAGCAGGCCGCGGGGGACAGCACGAAGGAGCAGUUGAUGGAGAUCGCGGUCAUCAAGUACCAGAAGCUGGUCACGAGGAGGCCGAAUGACCAGCUGCAGGUGCUCAGCAAGAGGCGCAAGGCCGUCAAACUCGAAGUCAUCGCCCUCGAGGCCAAGACGAACGAGCUGCGGGACGACCUCAAGGCCAAGCAGCAGGAGUUGAGGCAGCUCGAAUCCAACAUCGCCGACGUGAGGGCCGUGCUCGCCGACGGCGGCGCGGCGGACGACGAGGGCGACUGGGACGCGGACGGGUUCGGCUUGGCACCGAGCUGGGAUGCUUUCCACAAGGCCGUGAUCGACAGGCGCCUGAACAGCGAAGCACCUGGUGACGGAUUCCCAGCUUGGCCAGCGGGAGUGGUGGGGCGAUCGCCACGCUCAAGAGCCAGCUCGGCAGGCAGCGCAACCAGAGGCUUCGCAGAUCAGGUGGCCAAGGCGAAUGCGGAGCGGGCCCACCAGCAGCAGCGCCAUGCCGAAGCCGAGCAAGAGUUUGCUGCCGAGCUGGCGGAAGUCAGGAGGGUCGCCCGAGAACAAGCACUCCGCCACAACGGCGAGCAGGCGAAACUCAGGCUGGCACUCAAGGAGGAGUCAGAGCAGCUGCAGCGCAUCACCGCAGCGGAGAGCGCAGCCCAGCAGCAGCAGCAGCAACACAAGGCCCUCCGCCAUGAAAUCAAGAAGCAACAAGCCGAGCAGCUCGAGUUCGCGACGCAGAUGGAGGCCAGGAUAAUCAGCCAUGACACAGCCUUCAGUCGAGCCAAGGCAGAGGCCGAAGCCGCGACUCACCGGGCAAAUCACCUGCAUGAGCAGCUUGAGCAAGUUCGAGCGGAGCACCGGGAGAAGCCGCAACCCCAGGACAGGGUCUACCAAGACCUGCUGCGGGCAAGAGCCGAGGCGCAAGAGGCACUGCGACGGGCCCAGCACGAGGGCGCCCAAGCGACAGCUACAGCGGGCACUCUCAAGCAGCAGCUCGCCAGGCAGGAGCUGGUCAUGGAAGAGAAGUUCCAGGAGGCCAAAAAGAACCACGCCCUCGAGAUUGAAGCUGCCGCCGAAUCAGCCAGGGUCCAGGCAAUCGCCCAGGCCCAAGUGGUUGCCAAUGCCAAGGGAACAGGGGCCCUCCCGCCGGCAGAGGCGGCCAGGCUGCAAGGGAUUGUCCAGACAGCAGCACGGCAGCAGGAGCGGCUCAAGCAGACCAAAAGCGAGCUCGAGGCAGCUGAAGCCCGCAUACACGAGCUCCAGCAGCACUCCGAGCUUGAGGCGGGCGCUGCGCAGCGUGCAGUACAAGUGGCAUACCAUGAAGCAGCGGAGCUGAGAAGCGCCAACAAGGAGCGGCAAAUCCCGCACGAGGUACAGGCAUUGCAGUUCGCCCUGCUAAGGACUAGAGCAGAGGAGGAGGAGAUCGCGAAGGCCAGCCUGAAGGACAAGGAGGCAAUGCGGGCAGAGCUCGAAGGCAGUGCUGAGCGAAUAAGGUCGAGUCUCACCCGCCAAGUCAUGAUAGAAGAGGCGAACGCACAUGACUUGCAGCUGCACACAGAGAGCCUGCGACAGGAACUGAGCAGCUACGCGGUGCAGCUGAGCGAGCAAAGGUCCAACGCAGAGGUGCAGGAGCAGGCGCUGGAGGAGGAGCUCGCCCAGGCCCUCACCUUCAGGAUCGCCAGCAUGGAGGAGGCCUCCGCCAUGGAAGACUUCGCCAGCCAGCAGAGGACGGGCAGGGAGGAGGCCAUCCACCUCGCGCUGCAAGAAAGCCUCCAGCGCUCCAGCACGCUGCACACCGAGCUAGACGCCAUCGCAAAGAAGGAGCAGCAGGGCGCGUCGGAGACAGAGGAGCUAAAGCUGAGGAUGCAGAGCCUGGAAGCCAUUGCAGCCAGCAGGGAACGUGAACGCAAGGCCAUGGUCAACCUGUACGCCGAGAUGAGGCAAUACGGGCAGGAGGGCUACGACUUCACCAAGAGGGCAGCUCAUCACCUCGUCCAAGGGGGCCACCUCCCAACGUCCCAAGAGUCCAUGGACGACUACCAGGAGGCCGCUGACCUGUACGAGGAAGCCAGAGGAGCAGCCGAGGCAGCGACCGCCACAGCGGAGCCCCCCGUUGCGACCAAUCUCCAAACUGGUGCAGCCGAUGAGCGCCCAGCCAACAGGGGCCGCAGGCCAGACCCGCACGAGGAGGCAGAAAGAUACGAGCGCGAACAAGAUGAGUUGCGCAGACAAGCUGCUGAGGAGAAAGCACAAUGGGAAGCCGUACAGAUGGAGGAGGAGCUGGAGUCCGUAGUGAGGGACCACGAGGCGAAGGAGAUCCAAAGGCGCUACUACGAGGAGGCCCCUUUGACCCAGUUCGGCACAGCGGGCGCGCAGGACUCUCGAGCGGAGGACGACGGCUCGGAGCACGCGCCGAUGAUCUACCCCGCCAGGUCACUCACGCCCACAGCUCCAUUCGGGCAUGAUGAGCAGCGUGGCCAUGGAGGUGGAGAGGGAGCCGACAGCUUCGUAUUGACCCCUCCCCCUGCGUCCCAGCAGAACGCGGAGGCGGCAGCGGCCAGCAUCGAGAGGCAGUACGAGGGCAUCGACAUCAUGACGCGCCAGCACACCUCAGCCGCCGCCGCAGCUGCAGCCCUCGAAGAGGCGUUUGGACCCGCGCCCGCAUUUCCAGGAGAAGACAUCAGCCAGGCCCACAAGGGUCAGCGGGUAGACUCUGGAGAGUACUCCCAGGAGUCCAGGGUCCCGAGGGGCCGCGACUCCAAACAGAUGUGCUACCGCAACGGGCAUUGGCAGUGGGAGGGCCACUCCCAAUCGCAGCAGCCAGCAUCAGCAGCGGUAUCAGUCACCUGGGUCUCGAGGGGCCAACGUGACACCACCGCGGCCGACGCGAGGGCCGCCCGCCGCGUCUCGAGGGGCGCUAGUGUGUCCCCCUCCGCCAUCCGAGCCCACGAGAUCGAGAACGUGGAAAGGACCUUUCUCGACGGUCAAAACUCGGCUGGCAGCGAGGCAGAGGAUGGCAUGGAGCAGUGCUACGAGAAGUGGAUGGCGCUGGAGAUGUGCCCAUCACGCGAGCUGCCGACCAGGCGGACACACAUCUACACGGACGGCAGCUACAACGGCAUCCCACAUACAGCCGCCUGGGCAGUUGUCAUUGUCGACGAGUACGACGACGGGCGCAACUUACGAGGCCCGUUCGGCUUUCGGGGUUUCAUUGCUGGCAAAGUCACCGAGACCUUAGACGACAUGGCAAACAACGAGAAGGUGACGGCAUACACAGCUGAGCUCACGGCAGUACUCUGGGCACUGACGUGGGCCUUUGGUCAAGACACCGACGCGCCCAUCGAGAUCACGCCCGACGCCCUCAACGUCAUCAACCUGGCCAAAGGCGAAGCCCAAUGCCACGUACAUCCGAGGUUGGGGGCCGUCAUUCGCACACUUGCAGGCCUCCUCCAGCAAGCCCGACCUACCCAGUGGCACCAUAUUAACUCGCACAUCGGGCACCCUUGGAACGAGCUCGCAGAUGGGAUAGCAGAUCAAGCCUCGGCCAGCGACCUGAUGGACCCGAACAUUGCAGCUGUACAGGCGAUCGCCCACAACAAGUUCCUUUCCUGGGAAUGGCUGCGAUCAGAGCCAGAUGCGGUCAAGGCCGCAUACCCGCCCCUGCGGAACACAGACUUCAUCAUCGAGGCCACCCAGCCGCAGGCAGCCCCAGGAGCGAUCCAGAGGCCCAUCAGCACCACCACCAUCAAGGCCGACCUCAACGUGAAUUUGUGCACCUACAACUGCAGAUCACUCAAGGCCACCGUUAGCUUCAAGUCGGGCAAAGGCAAGGCGGCCGGCAAAAGCAAGCAGAGCCUCUCCAAGGUCACGCACCUAGCAGCACAGUUUGCUGACAUGGGCCUGCACGUCGUCGCCCUGCAGGAGACGCAGAGCGAAGGAGACGUCCGCAAUGUAGGUGAAUACGUUUGCUACUCAUCAGGCCACACGCAGCAGAACAGAGGAUGCGACAUCUGGCUCAACGUCUCCCAACCAAUCAGCGCGAGUGGGGCAGCGAAGUACCUAAGUGCCAAAGACACCCUCGUCCUCCACCAGCACGACAGGCUCCUGAUCAUCAAGACCCGUGUUGCAGGCACAGACAUGGUUAUCGCAUCAGCAUACGCACCCCACGAAGACUCCCACGCGGCGGAGAAGAGAGAAUUCUGGGAGUCUGCUCAGCGAUUGUCUGACAAGUACCGAGUGGACAUCUUCAUGGGGGACCUGAACGGGCGUCUUGGCGACUACGAGUCCCCAGGAGUCGGCGCCAGUGGGUACCCAGAAGCGACCAACGGCAAUGGCAAGCACAUCAUCAGCUUCGCUGCCGACACCAACAUGGAGGUCAUCAACGCCACGAGGGAUCCAGGCAACAACUCAUAUACGCACGUCGGAUCGAAGGGGCAGCACCACAGGAUAGACUACAUCCUGCUGAGCUCCUCGAUCGCCCCGUACGUCGCGAGCUGCAGCACGGAGCCAGGUCUGGACCGAGGCACAGCUGCACAAGACCACAUACCAGUACUAGCCACCCUCAAGUGGGCCGUCUGCAAGACCACCAAGGCCUCAGGACCGAGGCCCGACCUGACCAACUUGAACAAUGACGUCGCCAAGGCCAGCUUCAAGGAGAUUCUCAAGCAGGCCCCGAUCAUCCCCUGGGAGGUGGACGUCGACACCCACUGCGAGGAGGUCAUCAGGGUCGUCAACGACGCGGCCAUCCAGGCCUUCGGCAAGGCCUCCAAGGCAACGAGGAAGCCCUACGUCACCAAGACUACCAUGGGCCUGAUCCGAGCCAGGUCUGGGCCCAUAGUUGCCGCGGCCGUUGAGAAGGACCGCAGCGCAUUCCUCAGUCGGCUUGCCUCGACAGCGUCCUCCGCCUCCGCUGCGAACGACGCCGCGGUCCAGUGGAAGGCUUACCGAGACCUGCUAAGGUAUGGAGGGAGGAAGGCGAAAUUCCCAGCAGGAAAGCCUAUGCGGCUCGACAAGGAUGGAGAGGUGAUCCACAACUCCCAGGAAAUGGCGGACCAGGAGCUCAACCAUUUCGCGAAGAUACAGGCGGGCAAGAUCGUGACAGCGGACGAUCUUGCUAACAAGUACAAUCACGACAGCAAGAGCAGGCCCUUCGACGGCAUGCUGGAUCUCUCCAUGGUGAUGCCCCUGGCCGUCUGCCAGGCCCAGUUCGCCGCGGCCAAGGCUGGGACGCAAGGAGGCCCCGACGGGCUCACGAACGCUGUCCUCAGGGCGGCCCCCAUAGAGGCAGCGAGGCUACUGCACCCCCUCUUCACCAAGGUGGCGACCACCGUGAGAGAGCCGCUGAGCUUCAAGGGUGGAGACCUGGUCGCAAUUCCCAAAGGUAAAGGCGACCCAAGGUACCUCCAAGCCUACCGCGAGAUCCUCUUAAACAACGUCCUGGGCAAGCACCACCACAAAUACCUAAGGACCAUGCUCAACACUACCCUCGCCAUAGCGCUGGAGGACAUCCAGGUUGGCGGCCGGCCCAAGCGAGGGGCGGACAUGGCGGUCCUAGCAGCACGCCUCUUCACAGAGAGAAGUCAGGCCCAAGGGAAGUGCUCCAUGAUAAGCUGCUACGACUUAAAGGAGGCCUUCUAUUCGGUUGUAGUCCAGUUGGUUCAUGGCAUCCCAGGAGAGGAGGAUGAAGUCAAGGAGGUGCUAGAGAACCUCGAGGUUCCCCUGUGGGCCCAGCCGCAGCUGGAGCACCUCAUGGCCAACCCAGGGAUACUCGACACAGUGUUGGACGGCUCCCACUUGGCUGCCCUCAUUGCAGAAGGAUACCGCAACAGGUGGACAUCACACAGGUUCUCCCAGAACCUCAUGGCGCCGCACAAGGGCACGAGGCCUGGCGUGCCCCUGGCCGACGCGGACUUCAAUCUGCUAUUCGGCCGAGUCCACCGCAUGAUUGACAGCUACCUUGCGCAGCGAGGGAGCUCGCAGAAGCACGUCGCGAAGGCCGACUGCUACAGGGAGCUCUUCGCGCUGGGCCAGAUGGUGCACACCGAGGAGGCCGACUGCGACGCGGAGCUCCUCGCGCUGGGCCAGAGGGAGCACAUUGCGGAGGCCGACGGCAUCGCGGAGCUCCUCGCGCUGAGG